CCGAAGAGAAUUGCACGCAGUUCCUAACCGUUCACGGAAUCGACAUCAUCAUUUAGUUUGUCUGCUAUUCUUUGUCUGCUAUUCGAUUGUUUUGAGUAAGAUGGUGACGCCAAAAGUGCUCUAUUUCAGUCUUGCUUCAUCUGUUGCUGUUGCUCUGGCUUCCAUAAUCUACAUAAUCGUCGAUAAGACCACAUAUUGUCGCGAUGGCAAUCCAAAAUCAAACACGGCUGUCUCUUACGAGGAUGGAAUGGUUGUGUGUUUACCCGGGUACGUUUUCACAGAUGGCAAUACAACGCAUUACAUUACCUGCGAUUCACCUCCCUACUGGAAUUGGAAUGCCGUACCCGAGUGUAUUAAAACAAAUGAAGCAUUUGCAUGGAGGUGUCCGGUGCAAUCUCCGGAUUUUGAACUCUCCGGAGAAAUCUUGAUUUUCCAGGCGGACCCUUCGGAUGCUGUUCACGUCCAGGGCAAGCUUGAAGGCCUGAAAAGUUCAACUAUUCAGGUGAUUAACGUAGAAGACACCAACAAGACAUGUCACAUAACCAACGAGUUAGGAUUAACGGGAUCCUUUAACACCGGGAUGAAUAUUGACGGAAACGAUCUCCUUAUAAACGAGACUCUAACAAAUCCCAUGAUGCUAAAUGAAACUUUCCAGUUUUUCAUCCGAGCCAUUGGAUCCCAGCACGUCCAUCAACAACGAGAAGAUCAAUUUGAUGGCGUAGCUGUAUUUGCUCUUGAGCAAAACGAAAAGACGGUUGGAGUGUUCAGCACGAAUUCGGUCAAUUCAAUCUGAUACAACUCACUUUCAACAGUCUAUUUUCCAUUUUGCUUAUUUGCUAUUCAAAUUUUUAUUUCUAAGUUUCUUUCCGCACCCGAGACAACUUCUACACAAAUGGCAACACGGCUGGCUGCCCAGCAGACUACAAUAUCCAUGUGUGAAAGUUUUUCAAUUAUCGUUAUCUAUUUUGUUUAUUAAAUUAAGCAAUAAAAUUAUACUGCUUUCUAAUGA